CUGCGGAAUUCUACUAAUCACAAGGAAAAGAAUCUGAGAUCGAAAUAAUCUUGUUGGAUGGUUGAAGACGCCAAGGGUGUUUCCUGUGAAACGUGGCGAGCAAUAAAACAAGUACUCCCUGAUGAUAAAAAAUCGACUGUUUUUUUUUUUCCAUUUUUAAAAAUGGGAAGUGGCACACUAAAAAUCUUUCUGUCGCCAGACCAUAAACCAGUACUUUGUGUCAACUGGGAAAGAAUUGGCAAAACCAUUUCAACACAUUUUGACUGUUUCUACUUCCAGCACCCGUCCUUUUAAAUUCCACCUCAAUGUUACAGUGAACUUUGUCCGUAAUGCCCUCAGAUCUUUAAAAAACCAAAGCUGUUGGACUUGAUAAGCGAAGUGCCCGCUUGUUGAAGGACGCUUCUGACGCCAAGUCACUGCAUUAUUUAAAGCUGGAUAUAAGUCAUUGAAAGACAAUCAUCAACCAAUAUCAAUCUUACCAACCAUAGGCAAGAUCAAAGAGAGAUCAGCACAUAUUCAGUCAAGUUGGAAGAAAACAGACUAUUGUCAGAAUCACUGAUUGGCUUCCAACUGAAGCGUUCAACUUCACUGCCUUAAUCGCCUUCACAGAUCAAUCCCCAGAAACUAUGGACAAAGGAUGCUUGACGGGAGCAGUGUUCCUAGACCUUCCCAAAGCGUUUGACACCGUUGAUUAUCUGCUCCCCAUCAAAAAGCUCAACUCUCUAGGAGUGGCAGGGAAAAGUCUGGAAUGGCGCCGCUCAUAUCUCUCUGGCCGAGUUCAACAAACGAUGUGUGAUAAUGUAUUGUCUCCCCCAGCAAAAAUCACCAUGGGAGUACCGCAGGGCAGAAUACUGAGACCAUUGUUAUUUUAAGUGUAUAAUAGCAUUCAAUCUGUACUGCAAAACGCAAAGAUGACCAUGUUUGCUGAUGACAAGGCAUUAUAUUGUCAUGAGGACUCGCCAACUAAUUUGCAAUCAAAGCUCAAUCCGGACUUAUCAGCAAUUACAUCUUGGUUAAGUCGAAGUUUACGAUCACUAGAGGCCGUAACAAACUGAGUCAAUUUAAUGACAUAGCUCUUGUGGUUAAUAUCAACCAACCAGUCAAUCAAUCAAUCCAUGAGUUAAUCAAUCCUUUAUUUGAUAACGCAGGUUAGUCUACAUAUGAGGGCAGCCAAAGGCUGAUGUGGACCUGCCAGAAAAUAAAGUCAUCUAACUAACAGAUAAAAAACUAAAAUAAAUAAAUAAUGAUCAUCAACUGCACAACGUUACCAAAACAGAAAAUAAAGUCAUCUAACUAACAGAUUAAAAACUAAAAUAAAUAAAUAAUGAUCAUCAACUGCACAACGUUACCAAAUUCAAGUAUCUGGGAAUUUCUGGGAAUUGUUAGGAAUCUUAAACUCUUUUUACCUUGGAAUUACUCAGAAUUUCUGGGAAUUGAUAGGAAUCUUCGACAUUUUUUACCUAGGAAUUUCUGGAAAUUAUUAGAAAUCUUAGACCCUUUUUACCUUGGAAUUUCUGGGAAUUCCUGGGAAUUGUUGGGAAUCUUAGACCUUUGUAACCGUGGAAUUUCUGGGAAUUUCUGGAAAUUGAUCGGAAUCUUAGACUCUUUUUACCUUAAAAUUUUUGGGAAUAUCUGGGAAUCUUACACCCAUUUUUCUUGGAAUUUCUGGGAAUUUCUGGGAAUUCCUGGAAAUUGUUAGGAAUCUUAGACCCUUUUUACCUUGGAAUUUCUGGGAAUUCCCGGGAAUUGAUAGGAAUCGUAGCCUAUUUUUAUCUUGGAAUUUCUGGGAAUUUCUGGUAAUUAAUAGAAAUCUUAGACCCUUUUUACCUUGCAAUUUCUGGGAAUUAUUAGGAAUCUUAGACUCUUUUUACCUUGGAAUUUUUGGGAAUUUCUGGGAAUUGUUAGGAAUCUUAGACUCUUUUUACCUUGGAAUUUUUGGGAAUUUCUGGGAAUUGUUAGAAAUCUUAGACCCUUUUUACCCUGGAAUUUUUGGGAAUUUCUGGGAAUUGAUAGGAAUCUUAGACCCUUUUAACCUUGGAAAUUCUGGGAAUUUCUGGGAAUUGUUAGGAAUCUUAGACCCUUUUUACAUUGGAAUUUUUGGAAAUUUUUGGGAAUUGUUGGGAAUCUUAGACUCUUUUUACCCUGGAAUUUCUGGGAAUUAUUAGGAAUCGUAGACUGUUUUAAUCUUGCAAUUUCUGGGAAUUGUUAGGAAUCUUAGACCCUUUUUAACUUGGAAUUUUUGGGAAUCUCUGGGAAUUGAUAGGAAUCGUAGAGUCUUUUAACCUUGGAAUUUCUGGGAAUUGAUAGGAAUUGAUAGGAAUCGUAGACCCUUUUAACUUUGGAAUUUCUAGGAAUUUCUGGGAAUUGUUUAAUAGGAAUCUUAAACUCUUUUUACCUUGAAAUUUCUGAGAAUUUCUGGGAAUUGAUAGGAAUCGUAGACUCUUUUAAGCUUGCAAUUUCUGGGAAUUGUUAGGAAUCUUAGACCCUUUUUAACUUGGCAUUUUUGGGAAUUUCUGGGAAUUGAUAGGAAUCGUAGACCCUUUUAACCUUGGAAUUUCUGGGAAUUUCUGGGAAUUGAUAGGAAUCGUAGACCCUUUUAACGUUGGAAUUUCUAGGAAUUUCUGGGAAUUGUUAGGAAUCUUAGACCCUUUUUAACUUGGAAUUUCUGGGAAUUUCUGGGAAUUGAUAGGAAUCGUAGACCCUUUUAACGUUGGAAUUUCUAGGAAUUUCUGGGAAUUGUUAGGAAUCUUAGACCCUUUUUAACUUGGAAUUUCUGGGAAUUUCUGGGAAUUGAUAGGAAUCGUAGACCCUUUUAACCUAGGAAUUUCUGGGAAUUGUUAGGAAUCUUAGACCCUUUUUACCUUGGAAUUUUUGGGAAUUUCUGGGAAUUGAUAGGAAUCGUAGACCCUUUUAACCUUGGAAUUUCUGGGAAUUUCUGGGAAUUGUUAGGAAUCUUAGACCCUUUUUAACUUGGAAUUUCUGGGAAUUUCUGGGAAUUGAUAGGAAUCGUAGACCCUUUUAACCUUGGAAUUUCUGGGAAUUUCUGGGAAUUGUUAGGAAUCUUAGACCCUUUUUAACUUGGAAUUUCUGGGAAUUUCUGGGAAUUGAUAGGAAUCGUAGACCCUUUUAACCUUGGAAUUUCUGGGAAUUUCUGGGAAUUGUUAGGAAUCUUAGACCCUUUUUAACUUGGAAUUUCUGGGAAUUUCUGGGAAUUGAUAGGAAUCGUAGACCCUUUUAACCUUGGAAUUUCUGGGAAUUUCUGGGAAUUGUUAGGAAUCUUAGACCCUUUUUAACUUGGAAUUUCUGGGAAUUUCUGGGAAUUGAUAGGAAUCGUAGACCCUUUUAACCUUGGAAUUUCUGGGAAUUUCUGGGAAUUGUUAGGAAUCUUAGACCCUUUUUAACUUGGAAUUUCUGGGAAUUUCUGGGAAUUGUUAGGAAUCUUAAACUCUUUUUACCUUGGAAUUACUGAGAAUUUCUGGGAAUUGAUAGGAAUCGUAGACUCUUUUAACCUUGCAAUUUCUGGGAUUUGCUAUGGAUCUUAGACCCUUUUUACCUUGGAAUUUUUGGGAAUUUCUGGGAAUUGAUAGGAAUCGUAGACCCUUUUAACCUUGGAAUUUCUGGGAAUUCCUGGGAAUUGAUAGGAAUCGUAGACCCUUUUAACCUUGGAAUUUCUGGGAAUUUCUGGGAAUUGAUAGGAAUCGUAGACCCUUUUAACUUUGGAAUUUCUGGGAAUUUCUGGGAAUUGUUAGGAAUCUUAGACCUUUUUUACCUUGAAAUUUUUGGGAAUUUCUGGGAAUUGUUAAGAAUCUUAGACGCUUUUUACCUUGGAAAUUCUGGGAAUUUCGGGGAAUUGACAGAAAUCUUAGACCCUUUCAACCUUGGAAUUUCUGAGAAUGUAUGGGAAUUGUUUGAAAUCUCAGACACGUUUUACAUUAGAAUUUUUGGGAAUUUUGGGGGAUUGUUAGGAAUCUUAGACUCUUUUUACUUUGGAAUUUCUUGGAAUUUCUGGGACUUAAGGAAUCUUAGACCAUUUUUACCUUGGAAUUUCUGGGAAUUGUUAGGAAUUUUAGCCCUUUCCUAGAAUUUCUGGGAAUCAAUAAGUAUCUUACAC